AUGAAGCUAAAGACACUGUUCGCCGACUCGAUUGCGUUGGCGACCAUCGCUUAUGUGACGGCCCAAGACAAAUGCGGGUCUAAUUUUCCAGAGCAAGAAGCAGUCCAAGCUGCAUCUUCUCUCCGUUCAGCACAUCGAGUAGAGGGCUUUUCUAGCAGCUUCCUCGCCCGCAUCAAGGAGAAGGCCGAAGCUCUUCGCCAAGGCGGGUACGAUGAACUCAACAUCUACUUCGAGACGGGUAUGAUGACAAAUACCGGUUCCGCGACAGGAAUUUGCAGCUUUCCGGUGGAAGAUCCUUGGAACACUGGAAUCAACGGGACUUCGUGGUACACUUACGAUGGCUGCCACGUGAGUGUCGGCACAAUGCCUGGGGGCCCAGGCGUGCCUUGGGAUCCGGAAGACAACAAGGGAAAGACGGCAACUCACGAGGUGGGGCACUGGUUUGGGCUCUUCCAUGUUUUUGAUGGUUUCGACUGCAAUGGCGAGGGUGACUACAUUGACGACACCCCGGCGACUCAGGUUGCGACCGUUGGGUGCCCUGUUGAGCAGGAUUCCUGCCCGGAUCAACCUGGACUCGACCCCAUUCACAAUUACAUGGACUACUCGAAGCAUGACUGUCUCUCCGAGUUCACUCCCCUGCAGGAGGAACGAAUGUACCGGUCUUUCAACACUCUCAGGUUAGGGCGGUAA